AUGGAGAAUCUGUCUGAAGUGAAAGUGUUUAGUGAACAAGAAAUAGUAAAUAUUCUCAGACACAGAUACAAUAACAAUAUAAUUUAUACAUUCACAGGCAGACUGCUUAUAUCAAUUAAUCCAUACAGAUUAAUAGACAUAUACAACGUACCAGAAUACGCAUACAAUGUAAAACACCCACAUAUAUAUACAGUAGCAGAGAAUGCAUACCAAGGAGUACGCCAUGGCAUGAACCAAGUCAUAAUUCUAUCAGGUGAGUCAGGUUCUGGUAAAAGUGUAAAUGCAAAUUACAUCUUGAAAUAUCUGGGAAACAAAGAGAGUGCAGAAAGUACAGACAGAAUUACAUACGUAUCCGAUAUAUUAGAGCUAUUUGGGAAUGCUUCAACGGAUAAUAAUAAUAAUUCCUCUAGGUUUGGUAAAUACACAGAAAUACUCUAUAAAAAUAGUAAAGUAUCAAGGAUAACCAUAAAGGCAUUCUUGUUGGAGAAGAGUAGGGCAGACAAUAAUUCAGAAGGCAGCAAUUUUCAUGCAAUUAUGAUGAUAACAGGAAUACUUAAUGAAAGAUGCAAAGAGUCACUGAAUAAGCUGGAUAGCAUAAUGGAAGCAUUCUGUGCCUUAAGGAUAUGCAAAUAUGCAGUUAUAGAAAUAUUCAAGUACUUAAUAUUAGUGAAGUACUUAAUAGAUAUAGAUGUAUCUAGUGAUAUAGUAGUAGAUACACGUAUAUCACACAUACUAGGAGUGCAUAAUGACUUACUCCAUGGAUUAUUAUCAAAGAAGUACAUGAAAAUGGGCAAUGAAGUGAUUAUUAAAGAGAAGACACAUAAGGAAAGAGUAACAGUAAAGAAUACACUUAUAAGAAUAGUGUAUGAAAGAUUGUUUAAAUUAGUAGUGAAUAUAUUGAAUGAAGCCAUAAAUAGAAGUGAAAAUUCAGUCAGCUGUAAUUGUACUAAAGAUAGUUGUAAUAUACAGGAUACGGAUAUAUUCCGUAAGCCAUCCAUGAAUAUAGAUACAUUCCUGCAAGAAGUACUUAAGGACCCACUCGAUAUAAAUAUGAAUAUAAUUGAUAUAGAUACAAAUAGAGGUAAGGAUGAGAAUACAAUUGGUAUACUGGAUAUAUACGGGUUUGAAAUUAUGAAUGAAAAUGGUUUUGAUCAGUUAUGCAUUAAUUAUGCAAAUGAAAGGAUACAUUCUGAAUAUAUAACUAGAGUGAUUAAUGAGAAUAUAAGUGCACUGCAGGAAGAAGGUGUUGCCAUGGAUAUAAAUAUAAUAGAAGGAGAUAGGGCAUUUAAUGGGCCACAUGGGAUUAUAAACUUAUUGCAGGAAGAGACAUUGCUGCCAUGUGGUUCUAUUAAGAAUUGGCUGACCCGAGUAUCACACAAUAAGGGUAUACGCGUGUAUGACACGAAUAUUGAGGUAGAGCAUUAUUCUGGUAGAGUAAGAUAUAAUGCAAAUGAGUUCAUUGAGAAGAAUAAUAAUGCAUAUUCUGAUGUGUAUGAUGUACUGAAUAAGACAGGCAUAAAGUUACUGCAGCAAGAUGAGAGUAUGAUAGGCAGGAUGACCAGCAAGGGAAUACUGUCUGAGUUUAAGGAGAGCCUGAAUAACUUGCUGCAUGAGAUUAACAAGGACAAUGUGGAGUAUGUGAGGUGUAUUAAGCCAGGCCAGGAUAUAUUCAAUGAUGAAUAUGUGAAGAGACAAUUGAAGAUGUCAGGUGUAUUCGAGACUGUAAAGAUAUUCAUGCUAGGGUACCAUAUGAAGUACACAAAGGAUGAAUAUGCACAGAAGUACAUGGAAGAUGCAAUAGAAGGAGAUGGUAUACAGGUUGGAAAGAAGUACAUAUUUGUAACGGAGGCAGCACACAAUAGGAUAGAAAAGGAAAGAAUAAGGAAGGAGGAAGAGAAGAGGGAGAGAAUAAGGAGAGAAGAAGAAUUAGAACUUGAAAGAAUUAAGAAAGAGAAAGAAGAACAAGAAGCACUAGAGAAGAUCAAAAAAGAGCAAGAAGAGCAAGAAAAGAUCAAAAAGGAGCAAGAGGAGCAAGAAAGACUAAGAAAAGAGCAGGAGGAGCAAGAAAGACUAAGGAGAGAAGAAGAAGAGCAAGAAAGACUAAGAAAAGAGCAGGAGGAGCAAAAGGAGCAAGAAAGACUAAGGAGAGAGCAAGAAGAAUUAGAGAAGAUCCAAAAAGAGAAAGAAGAACAAGAAUCCCAUGAAGAAGCCAAUCCUGAUGACCAUGAUAACUUACAGCAGAGUCAUGUAAAUCCUUUGAAAAAUUCACAGCGAAUUAAAAGGGAAGAGCUAGAAAUGAUAAAAAGUGAACUGGAACGGAUUAAGUUAAUUAAGAAGAAGGAGAAGAGUGUCAAUUAUGAAUAUGACGAUAAUUCAUCUGAUAUUCUGCCUAACUAUCCUGUGAGUAAUGAAGCACUUGCUGAGACAUGCAAUAAUUGCAGUAAGAUAGAAGACAAAUAUACCCUGCAAGGAAUAUAUUUAAUGGAAAAGGAAGAUGAAAUAAUCAGACUAAAGAAUGAAUUGGAUAGGAAUGUAAGGAUAAUAUCCGAUAAAGACAUGUUAAUUCGUGAUUUAAGUCAAAAAAUAGAGGUGAUGCUGUAUAAUAUAUCAACAGGCGAGUAUUAUAAGACAACCACUAAGCCCCUGAAGUCUGAGCCACAGAAUAAUGUAAUAUUCAAGAAGAUAAUCAAAAUAUUCUUGCGAAAUAUUCCAGAAAAAUAUCCUUCAUAUUACAGCUCUGUAGGGUGUGCAUUCUCUUUGUUCAGAAUAUCUGCGUUGUGUGCUGGAAGUAUUCCUGGAAAUAUUCAUGUAGUGAUAGAUGCAUUCUCUGAUGAGGCUAUGCGCGUCUUGCAGAAUGAUAGGAAUACUCUGGAUAGAAAUACGUAUAAUAAGUCGUGCACCAUUUUAUGUGCAUUCUUCUUGGGGAAUUCCAUAUUCAUUGCACGCACUUCACCUGGCAAGGAGACAGAGGCAAUGGUUCAAAAGGUAUUCUCUGCUGGAUGCACUGCCUUAGUUGAUGAGAUUAUUUCAUUCGGAUUUGACUUCUUAUUUAGCAAGUCUGAAGAAGGAGGUCUCUUCUUGUCGCGCAUUCUUAAUAAGAGGCCCUCCUUGGAGACAGUCAUUUCGCAUCUUAAAAUGAUCCAUCAGACACUCUGCCACUUUCACAUUCCACCUGCUGUUAUUUCCUGCAUAUUCACAUACAUUGUGCAGGUGGUGGAUCAGUCUGGGUUUGAGUGCCUAGCGAAGAAAAAAGAAAUAGGGAUAAAGCAUAUUGUCUAUCUGAAUAAUAGCAUUAAUACGCUGACUGCCUUUUUAUUGGACAUUAUUCCAAUGGGCACAGGAUACUUCCCACAGCUGCAGGGUUUUACAGAAUUUGUGGAGAUGCAAAGGAAAGGGGCCAUAACCGGGUCUGCACUUAUCUUCAAGAUAGGGCCAUUCUUUAGCUCUGCAAAGCUAAAGGCAUGUGUCUCUGCGCUGUUGCCUGAGCUACGCAGUAAAUACACAGAUAAAUUACAGCAGGCCUUAAUGGAUGCAGAGGAUGAUGAAGACAGUGCCAAAGAGGUAGUGCUUCCUGUGCUUCCAAUGCCCUUAGGGGCUGCUUCUGAUGAUCCGCACUCUCUGUAUACAGCACUGCUUACAUCACCAGAGCGUGAAAAACUUGCUUCUUUAUUGCAGGAGCACGGCCUAGAGACAGAGUGGAUUAUUCGACCAGAGAGACCACAUGUAAAAUAA